AUGGAGGACUACAGCUCUGGAGAGGAGGUGGUUUUUAAUGCUGAUGAGGCCAAUGUCACUAUUAAAGAGUGUAUCGAGGGAGUCAUUGGCGGAACAGAAUACAACCAGAACAAAGUGAACCAGUGGACCGCAAGCAUCGUAGAGCACUCGCUCACUCAGCUGGUCAAACAAGGGAGACCAUUCAAAUUUAUAGUAAAUUGUGCCAUCAUGCAGAAGAGUGGCGCCGGUCUCCACACAGCCAAUUCCUGCUACUGGGACACCACCACCGAUGGAAGUUGCACAGUCAGGUGGGAGAACCGCACUAUGUACUGCGUGGUCAGUGUCUUCGCCGUCGCCGUGAACUUGUAACAACACAACACUACUCAACGUCUCGCUGCAAUGAACCGCACAUAUGAAGACUCCACAAGACAUAGGAAGAUACUGAAGACGUUGAUGACUUACAAAAGAAGAUGUCAUACUUGUCACUCUGCGCAACGAAUGACCCUCGAAAGAAGGCUUUGCUUUAUUAUGAGUUCAUAAUCGGGUAUGCUCUGAGAGUGUAUGAAUAUGUAAAACAGUAAUUCCAACAGACUGACACUCUGUAGGGACCAAGGCAAUUGCAGGGCCCAAGUCUGAUACAAUACUAAACAGGUAAACCGUUAUACUGAAAAUGUUGGUGUUUGUAAAAAAAAAACGUCUUGUUUGACAAAUUCCUACCCUCAGACACAAGCUAAAUAGCAGGGCUCAUCUCUUUACAGUCGCCAAGACUAUAUCAACUUACCGUAGCGUAGUAUUUCAUCAGAUCCUUCAUUAAAUGUUAUUUGCAAGUGCUGUAUAGAAAAGUGGAAAGUAUUUAUUUAAAGGGAACUAGCUCUUAGGGGUAGUGCUUGUCAUGUGAUUAGCUCUAUGCAACUUGCUCCUUGUACAAAGUAUUUCUACCAAGACCACGCUGACAUUUUAGUGUUUUGUAUUGACCCGUAACUGUAAAGGUUUGUGAAGAUUUGUGUUUGUGGAUACGCAGGUGUAAAGCACUAAGGAACUGAGGGCCAGCGCGGGGGUCGAUCCCCACACCGGCCUUCACUUCUGGGCUUCACGGGCAGCUGAAGUCUCACCUGUACAACGCCACAAUUUCCCCGUUAACAUUUGUAGUUCAUGAUGGCUGUUUGUUUUGUUUGUUUUUUUGUAGACAUUAAAUGUAUUUAACCAACAACGACCUGAAGGAGUGAGGAUCUUUGCACACCAGAAACAUGUUUAAUGAUUUUUAAGCCCCCCCCCCCCCGGACACUUUCCACAAAAUCUUGAUGGCACUCCCAACACUGGUAAACUUGGAAGCUAUUUAUACUUCAGCCCGCUAGGGGUCAGCACACGCCAACACCGAUAUAAAACCACUCGGACCAUUUUCACAUAUAAAUAUAUAUUUACUUUCAGUAGUUUUCAGUAAUUACCAUCUUUAAAAUAUCUCCUUUAACCUUGUGUGAGGUGAUUACAAUACUUAACAGCUUUUCAAAUGUUUUGUUUGGCAUUAAAGGUUGGUCUUUUUCUUUUUUACAAACUAGAAGCGUUCGUGUCAUAGCUGAGGUUGUCCCUCCAAUACAAUAACAUUGAGUGAAACAAAGUUUGUGCAAAAAGGAAACAAAAACUGACAUACAUAUCUAUAUAUACAUAUAUACGCAGUUAUACAUUAGCGAAGACACUUAAUCAUUUCCAAAAAUGUAACGUUCUCCAAAUACACAUAGUAUAUUAUUGUGAGCAUUCUGUGUAAAUUUCUGAAUUAAUCGCACGCGCGCGCACACACACUAGUGGUCAGCACAAACAGACAAGGGACACAAUGAACUAGCAAGACCCAAAUAUAUCCAGACAAAGCA